AUGGAUGAAUUAGACGUUCCUUUCUUUUGUCCUACGUCCUAUUCUUAUUCAUCACCCGAAGUUCAUACUGCGUGCGUGAUUCGAGUUCUCAACUUAUUUGUCAUGUGGUUGUACACGAUCUUAUUAAUUCUUAGUAUAUUCGCUUGGUGUUGCGGUUUCCUUCCAUCGGAAGAAGAUUUUUAUUUCAAAGAAAAAUUCUUAACUUCCACUGGUCUAUCCUCAUUAAGUUUCGGGAAUUCAAGUACUUGGAGUGCCACUUGGGGUCAGGGUCAAGGUCAAGGAGGGAGUAAUAGUAAAGUUGGAGUAAUAGAUGAGGAAAAUCCUUCAAAGAGUACUGUUGAAAGUACUACUUCUACUAACCCUUUCUAUAAUAAUAAUGAAAGUAGUAAUAUUAUUAAAACUUCUUAUAUUAAAGGUGAGAAAGGUGAGAAAGAGUGA